AGGUAUAUGUGUGGAUUAUCUCCCAGAUUCCGCGCGCCCUCUCACCGGAUCUCCUUGGUGAUCUCUGAUCCGACUAAAGCCCGUGACGUCACCCGCCUCCCCUAGUAACCCUCCUCGGCGUCUCCGGAGGAAAACCAUCAACAUGGGUUUAUUAUCAAUUCUCCGAAAGCUGAAGAGUGCUCCAGACCAGGAGGUGCGAAUUUUGCUCCUUGGACUCGAUAAUGGAGGAAAGACAACACUACUCAAGCAGCUGGCUUCUGAGGACAUCAGUCACAUCACUCCUACACAGGGCUUCAACAUUAAGAGUGUGCAAUCCCAGGGUUUCAAGUUAAAUGUAUGGGACAUUGGAGGCCAGAGAAAGAUCAGACCAUACUGGAGAAACUACUUUGAAAACACUGAUGUGCUUAUUUAUGUCAUAGACAGUGCAGAUCGGAAGAGGUUUGAAGAAACGGGACAGGAGCUAGCCGAGUUGCUGGACGAGGAGAAACUUAGUGGUGUCCCUGUCCUUAUCUUUGCAAAUAAGCAAGACUUGCUCACUGCUGCUCCGGCUUCAGAGAUUGCAGAGGGUCUGAACCUGCACACCAUUAGAGAUCGUGUGUGGCAGAUCCAAUCCUGCUCUGCUCUUACAGGCGAAGGAGUCCAGGAUGGCAUGAACUGGGUGUGCAAGAAUGUCACGGCAAAGAAGAAAUAGGAGUGUUCGUACAUUUGUAAGGAAUCCAAACACUGCGUGAAAAAGCAAACACUGUGGACUAUGUGGAAUCUUCACCAGCUGGACUAGGUUGUAGAAGAAUGAUCUUUGUAUUGACCACAUUUGAGGAUGCCUAGGACAAGACCUGUAAGUCUCCUAUUAAUGCUAUUAAACAUCCACCACCAUUGCACUGCAAGUUCUGUGCCGCUGUCCUCCUGGAUCAUCUAAUCUACGGUCACUAAUCUACUGGUCAGUCUAAAUACUAACCAGUGCACCUAAAAUGAACCACUACAUCUAACCAAACACUGCAACUAUUAAAGCCGAACACUCCAAGCAUAAGGUCUUGACAAGCUCAUCAUUGCUUUAAGCUGAAAUCCUCCUCUUUUCCUAGACACUGUAUGCACUGUCUGAGCAGAGGCUUGUUACUUCAUGUAUUGCGGAUUGAUGAUGUGCUAUGAGCUAUCAAAAAUGUAUGUGCAUGUGUGUGCACGUAUGUGUGCACGUAGAAUGAGUGAAAACUAGCUUUAUAGAGUGCAGGAUCGUUUCUGAUGUAAUGUCAAAGGGAUUAUUUGGCAUACAUACUUAUUUGCCCUGUCACUGGGCGCGCACACACACACACACACUUGUUUAUCCAUACACUGUUUUUUUAUGUUAGUCCUUUUAGAAGUUUGUUAGCUCUUUAAAUUAUUUCCUGUUUAUUUCUGUUUUAAGGCUUCUUUGUUGUGUUGACUUCCAAAGAGCAUUUUGCUGACUUGUACCAUUGUCUUAAAAAAACAAACAAACCCAAAACGAGCACUCAUUUUAAUUUGGUUAAUGAUAGACGAGCAUCAGCAUAAGCCAAAGAGUGGGAAGGACAGUCGGCUCUCACUAAGGACAGGACAUGAAUGAAACUGACAGGUGCCCUUGUAACAGGUUUAGUAGGCUUAAGCAUCUGGUUGUGGCAGUGGAGAGGUGUGUGUGUGUGUGAGUGUGAGAGAGAGACAGAGAGAGUGAGAGAAAAGGGAAGAACUGACAUGUUUUUUUUGUUUGUUUUUUGGGCAGGGGAUUUGUGAUUGUUCUACUUUGUGUGUUUUAACAUUCCAUUCCUCCAGUACAUCAGAACAUGGUAAAGGUUUAUGAUGGUACAUACAUUUAUCCUGUUACUGUACAUUUUUUUCCUUUAGUCUUUCAAAUACUCCUUUUGUAAACGAUUGUAAUGAAAAGCUAUUGUAAUCAUUGCUGAUGAUUUUACAGAACAUUUUAUGAAACACUUUCUAGAAGACCAUGUCAGCAUAAUAAACAUAUUGAAACUCCAACAAA